CAUUCUGUCUGUCAAAUUUUCAAUAAAUGUCACAUCACAAUCACCAAAUCCAUUUUUGUUGUAAAAUACUUUAAAUUAGGAAAUUACACAAAAACCAUGAUCAUACUGAGUAUAUUUAGUUCCUAGCAUUCAUCAGCUAUUACCUCCUCUAUUACUUUCUCUCAUUCUACUUGAAAUAUUAAUUUUUCGGAGGUUAUAUCGGACGGUCUUUACAGUAUUUUAGUUACACGUAUGCAGUGUUUAAAGUGUGUGUUUUAUUAGUUUUAUGAGUGAUUCUGUUUCAAAUAUCGUACAUAAUGCCGUGUGGAUGUGUGUCGCCGAUUUUUAUAUUCCAACUUCCAGUUAUUUUGGUUUAAAACCGCAAUAACCGCAACCUAUAGUUUUGCCUUCCUCCUUGGUAGCUAUUCGUGAAAAGUUGUGAUAAAUAAGGCAUUUAUACAAUAUAAUAUUGUUUAUAGUAAUUCAGGAAUUGAUAUGAAUGUUAAAAAAUAAUCUAAUUAGAAUAAUUCUUAUACAGUAUGGUGUAAAAGAAUAUUAAGCAAAUACAUAAACUAUUCAAUAUUUUAAAGGCUUCUGUAGAUGAUAGUUUUUUUGAAGAUACAAAAUGCUGCCAUUAAUACAGAAGGACACGACCCGGUCGCCCCGUCUUGGAGGAGGCUUAUUUGAGAGGUUCAACAAUUGGCUGAGACUCAUUUAUUCUGACAAAAACUCUAGAAAUCUAUUUCUUUUCCUUAUUCUUAACUUAUCUUUUGCAUUCGUUGAACUUUUCUAUGGAAUAUGGACCAACAGCUUGGGCCUUAUCUCCGAUGCAUUCCACAUGUUCUUUGACUGCACGGGUCUGGUGGCUGGUCUUGCCGCCUCUCUCAUUUCCAAGUGGAGGGCCAAUGAGAGAUAUUCAUAUGGAUAUGCCCGAGCGGAGGUGGUGGCCGGCUUUGUCAAUGGACUGUUCCUGUUGUUCAUUGCUUUCUUCAUCUUGAGUGAAGCUGUUGAGAGAGCUAUUGAGCCUCCUGAGGUAAAACACGAGCGUCUCCUGCUAGUCUCAAUCCUGGGCUUCCUCGUCAACAUGGUGGGCAUAUACGCGUUCCACCACGGCCACGGGCACGGCCACGGCGGCCACGGCCACUCACACGGCGGCCACGGCCACUCCCACAACGGCCACGCUGAACACGGCCACUCACACGACAUUGAAGCGCCGACUGGAGCCGGCUCAGCGAUCAUGCGAGGAGUUUUCUUGCACGUUCUAGCUGAUACUCUAGGAUCGGUUGGGGUGAUUAUAUCAGCUUUGUUAAUGAGAACUUUCGGAUGGAUGCGGGCAGACCCGAUAUGUUCCAUGGCGAUCGCCUUAUUGAUAGCGGCGAGUGUGGUGCCUCUUAUAAGAGAUUCUGCCGGGGUCUUGAUGCAGCGAACGCCGACAGUGCUCGAGCGCUCGCUCCCAUCUUUAUACACCAGAGUGUGCGGGUUAGCGGGAGUCCAUGCAGUUCAGGAACCUCAUUUCUGGACGCUAUGCAGCGAUGUGCACGUGGGCGCUUUAAAGCUGGAAGUGUCUAGGGAAGUGGACCCUAGAUACGUGACGCAGCAAGCAGCGAGAAUCUUCCGCGACGUCGGGGUCACUCACCUUACAGUGCAGCUCGACUACCCCCCCCUCUGAUCCGAACCCCUCCCCGCCCCCGCUAAAUAGAAGUAAAGGACUGGACUGUUGUGUACAUAAAGUAAGAUUCAGUUUUGGUUGUUUUGUGGUUGGAGACGCGGUGUGAAAUUUAUGAUUUGUGUUUUUUAAUGAAAUACUGGUAGGAAAAUUAUAAAGCUAAUUUAAGGAUGUUGUUUCUUUGAUUUCGGUUAGGUGGUAAAACUUCCGUCGUAAUGCGUAGGUCAAUCUACAUUAACCAAUUUUUAACCGAUUAUAGGUAAAGUUAGGGCUAGAAUGAUCUCUAGUUAUUCCAUAGACAUUUUUAUAAUUUUCCUUUAGUUAUUUUAUUUAAAGUAUUAUACAUAAAGUUCAGAAGUAGUGGCGUUAUCCCGGUUUCUGGAAUGCUAUUUUAAGUUAACCAUUGAUAAUUGUUAGCGUUAUCCAUUAAUUUAUAUAUAGUGUACCUAAAGCUGUCUGCAUCCAACUAUUACCUUUUAGAUGUAAUUACUGCCCAUCCUAUCCUUAGGGUGUCCCACAAUACUUCUAGGCAAAAAAAGUAAAAUGUAAAAGUAACCUGCUUAAUUAUAUUAAUUUAUUCUAGCCUCUUAAUCUUGGAUUAACUUUGAACAGUCUACCAGAAACUGGGAGUUAGAGAUUUUUCAUACAUUGUGAUAAUUAUAAGAAGAUUCUUCCAUAACAUAAGUUGUGGAGAAUUAAUGCAAAAUAUGUGUACAUUUUGCAACAAUACAUUUUAGCAAACAAUAUUUUUAUUUUUCUAUUUAUGUAAUGAAUGUAUGUAUAUUAUUUUUACUUAAUUAAAUAGCUUUAUUUUAAAUAAUUACGUACUAAGCUAUAGUUUACUGUAUGUAAAAUACCUACAAUGUUUUAGUAUCUAUAUUUUUGUUACGUAGCUCUUUUUUAAUAUUUAGGAAUAUUGUUGUGGUAAUUUGGCACAUUCCAAUAUUAUUUUUAGUAGGUAUAAAUGCAUACACAUUGUGUAAACUGAAAUAUACACUAUUUACUUUGGAUCUACU